AUGUGGAAAAUAUAUAUUCUCUUGAUAUCAGCUUUCGUAUUAUCCACAUCAUCAUCUAUAGUCAAGUGGUUACCAAAUAGAAGUUUCAAUUUACCGGUAAAUUUUAUGUAUGGAAAGUUGCCAUGUUCAAGACAAACUGUCGUUUUCCCUGACAAUAUAAUUGAAUCAGUACGGGUAGAGUCAGAAACAUCUGUAAGUGAACUGAUAUUACCAAUAGAAGGAGAAAUAGGCUUUGCUGACGGUGUCGUUAAUUUCGGUGCAGAUCCAAGUGAUACUAAUUGCACUGAUGAUAGGAAUGUUUAUUAUUUGGAUCAUUCGGUUACGAAAUGGGCCCAAUCCGAUAUGUGGAGUUCAAUGAAAUUUAAUGAUGCAACGCCUGAUGCAGAACGAAUACCAUGUCACGACGAUACUGUAGAAUUUCCAGAAAAUGCACAAUUUACAGUUGUUCUUCCGGAUGAUGAUCAAAUAGUUAAAGAGAUAAGGAUUGGUAAAAGUAUAACAAUAAGUACCUCCGAAGAAUUUUCGAAUUUUGUGUCGGCGGGGAGAGAUCAAUCUCAGCAGUUUGUACUAAAUACAUUUCAAGGGACAGGAGUAAAUGUUAUGAAAACUUCGUGCAAUUCCAGAAGUGGUUGUCCAUGCCAAAAAUAUGGUCUCAAUAUCGACUGUACUGACAAAUUUUGUUCUGUACCAACAUGCGCUAAUCCGAUCCAGCCUAUUGGUCACUGUUGCAAAAUCUGUGGUGGGUACAUAGUGUUUGCAGUUGACAGAAGUUUUGACAUGAUGUUUUUCAAGGAGUUUGUUUCAAAAAUCAUACAUGAUUAUGGAAGUGACAAAAUCCAGUGGCAUAUAAGUAGAUUACCUCAAGUGCUGAAAAGAGAGGAGUAUACAGACGUUAUUUCAGACUAUGAAGCAGACCUCAGUAGCGAUGGCCAAGUUCAAGUUAUUGUUGUAGAUAAAGGGGAAUAUACUGGUAAUAGUGCUCAAGUAACAAAUGACAUACAAUUUCGAAUGAAUAGCCGGGAUUUGAAGAUAUCCGCGAUAAGUGGAAAUCCCAUCUCAGAAUCAGGACUAAAUAUAAAAAUAGCAGUCUCAAUGUUUUUCACUGUUGUGGCUGUUAUGGGUGCGUUGUAUUUAUAUUAUUAUAGAAUUCCAGAGCAUUGGAGGGUUAAUUUGAACCUGAAUAGGCCUGGAAUGGUUCUGUCUAGAUUUCAGAGGAGGACGGAGAGUAUAGUAUCACUAACUAGGAGAGACUCUGGAACACCAAUAGGUUUGAGCGUUAAUAGAGGUUUCAGGAACCCUAUGUAUGAUUCUAAAAGAGAUCGGGUGCAUGUUGCGGAGCCUAUAGAUACUGUAGAAGAAGAAUGAUACUAUAUGGAAUGGAUAUUAUAUGGAAAUAUUCAAAACAAAGUCUAUUUUUAUAUUAUUAAAAACAAGUAAGUAUUAAUCAUAAGUAAUUGAUUUACAAGAAGUUUCAAAUUGAUUUUAAUAUUUCAAGAUCAUUUUUGGUAAUGUGAAAAAUAUUAAUGUAUGGUUUAUAAAAAUACUUAUACUCAUAAUAUUGAAAAUUUUAAAACGAUUUGUAUAAUAACAAUAUUAAUCUCAUACAGCACCAUCUAAUUCCAAGCUAAGUACAGUUUGUGUUAUGGGUACUGGAAAACUAAUAUAAAUACCGAGUUAUUUUUUUAAAUAGAUACCUAUAUACAUAGAAUAUGUUCCUUAUUGUGUUGUAUUUUAUAUUAAAAUACAUAUCUAACCAUCCCCUAACACAUUAAAACAAUUGUAUAAGUUCUAACCUUAAUUUUAAUAUUAUAGUUAAUUUAAUUAUGGUUCCUGAAUUCCUGCGGAACUUAUGUAUCAACGUACUUAAAAUUUGUAUAUAACAGAUAAAUCUACAUCACACAAAAUAUUAACUGUUACUUUUUCUUCAUUCACGUGUCAGUUUUUAAAGUUAUUGUUCAGAGUUAAUAUAUCUAUAAUUUAUUGUAGUAAAUCAUUAACUGUGACAUGUCUGUUAUUUACUACUGUACGGUUACUCCCAAUACUAUAAAUGGGCGGACUUGGGCAAUAUUUAUAACAUGUGAUGUAUGGGUAAAUAGUUAUGUAAGAAAUGCAACUGUAAAUUAUACGAGUUUAUGAAUGUCAUGA